GGAGCACCGUACAAAGAUGGCGGCGGUUUUGACGCAUUUUUAGGACCCCAAGGCGACAUCUAGUGUUUAGAUAUCUAUGAGUUUAUAACACGACACUGACGUGUUAGUAGGUGUUGCAUUUACUGCUCUCGGGUUCACUGUAACUUCCAGGAACUAAACUCGAAGGAAAAAGGAGCUCCUUCAGAAAUGAAGGAAGUCAGACUGCUUCAGUCGGACUUGAGCUCCAAUAUGGACUCUUACGACACCGGUCAGAGUCUGGAGAACCGGAUCCUGACCCAGGCCUCGUCGUUCGUCGUCCCUCCUCCUUUGUGUGCAAACCUGACGUCGUCGUGUCCGGCGCUCUGUCCAUCCAGCCUGUCCUCCACAUCCUCGUCCUCUCCUCUGCUGUCCACAUCGAUCAGCCUGCUGUCCUCGUCUCUGCUCAGCACCGAGAACACUCAGCUGAAGUCCAGCCUUCUCCCUGUCUCUUCUCUCUGCUCUACUCAGCCUCUGAGCGCACUGAUUCGAAGCACAGUGCCACCCACUGCUCAAGUAGACCGUCAAAGUCUGAAUGAGGAACACGAUGAUGUAAAAAUAGAUGACCAUGAAUCAUGCUCCACUGAUGAACUCUCAUCGUACAGUGAGGAGAUAAACGAGCUCACAGAUCAUGACGAACAGAAGGAGGUGAACUGUGAGGCCCCAGCUGAGAUGCCGGUCCUGGAUCUGAGGCAGUCUGAGGAAGAGGAGAAGCAGAUGCUUGACCUGGAUGAAGGGUUUGGGGAGUUCGACUCGGGCUGGAACAAAGACGCCGAAUUACUGAAAGAAAACAAGUAUAAGCUGCUGAAUUUGGUGUGCUGCUCCCUGGUAAGUAAAGUCUCUUCUCCAGGCCAGUUGGGCUGGGAGCACAAUACGCCUAUAUGGAGCACAAUAAAAUCCCUGGCCACUGACAUCACCCUCAGAGACCCCGAGUUCCUGCUGAAGGUGGCUGUUUACACCAGACAGGAACUGAACAUCCGCAUUACAGCGAACUUCCUGCUUGCCCUCGCCGCUCACCUGCCUGGGUCUAAACCGCACCUGAGGAGGUAUUUCUGCUCUGCUGUACAGCUGCCAUCUGACUGGCUGGAAGUGACCAGGAUAUACAGCAUGUGUUUCAGCAAGUCGCUGCCGUCGGGACUGAAGAAAGGUCUGGUCGACAAAUUCAAGCAGUUCAGCGAGUAUCAGCUGGCCAAGUACAACACACGCAAACACCGUGGUAAACACAAGAAAAAACAUAAAGCGAAGGAAGUGUCACCUGAGCAAUGGGAGAAAUGGGCGAAGCUCGUUGGAGCAGAACCUCAUGCUCUUCAGACACAUCUGAAUAUGGAGCAGCACACAGCAGAAGAUAAAAAACAAAACGAGUUUAACAUGAAGAAGAUGAUAAAACGACUCCAUAUCAAACAGCCGGCCGAGUUUGUCAUGAGCAUCCUGGGGAAAAAGUACCCUGCAGAUGUGAGGGCGUUUUGGCGCAGUGGGCUCAGUGGGGUGUGGCAGAGUGAAAGAGCCAAUCAGAGGAUGAGACUGAAGCAGGUGGAGACAUGGGAGACGCGACUGAGUCAAGAAGGGAACAACGCCACCACCUGGGAAAAACUCAUAGAUAAUAACUCUGUGCCCUUCAUGGCCAUGCUGAGGAACCUGAGGAACAUGAUCACGCAGGGGAUCAGUGACAAACACCACGACAAGAUCCUCAAACGACUCAGCUCCAAGUCGUCAGUGAUAAAGAGCCGUCAGUUCCCCUUCCGCUUCCUGUCAGCUUAUAAAGUCAUUCUGGAGCUCAGCAGCUCGACAGUCAGUGGCAGUGUGAAGCCGAGCAUCAAAAACAAGGAAGUCCUUCGUGGGAUUUUAAAGACUAUACCAAAGAGUUACAAAUGCAAGAAUCUGGACUGGUCGACGGCUAACCGGAAGAGGCUCCGCGUUACACUCUGUGUUCCUUUCAUCCGUGGUAUUUAUUCUGCAAGACUCAAAGGGAUCCAGAAAGCCAGAUCGAGGAGUUGUGCUCCAGAGCUGCUGCAGCGUUAUCGCCAGGCCCUGGACAAAGCUGUACAGAUCUCCUGCAGGUACAAUAUCCCUCCUCUGUCAGGACACACGCUCAUCAUCUUCACAAGCUCUUCCUGGUCUAGUAAACUGAGUAGAGCGGAUUUCAGCCUCCCCACGGAGCCUGCAGACGGAAACACGGAGGACACUAACCUCUCGACCUCUUCCUUGGAGGCGGGGUUACUCCUGGCCAUGAUGAUCCGUUUCUGCAGCGAGCACACGCAGUUCCUCCUGGGAGACGACGAAGCCGUACAGGAAAUCCAGAUCAAGUCAGACGGGCUUUUGGAGAACGUCAGGAGACUGAGCAAGCUGAUCUCGGAAUUUUCCGAAUCGUCUCAGAAGAUACAACACAACUACUUCUUCUCCAAGCUUCUUGAGGACAAAACAAAGGUGGAUAACAUCAUCCUUGUUGGUGAACGGUAUAUCGACUGGUGGAUGACGUUGGCAGUUAAAAGAUUUCAGAAACUUUCCAUCAGCGAACCUUUAGUGGUGAACAUUUUAAUCAGAAGUUCGAACAGUAACAUAGAUUCGUCAGAUGACCCAAAAAACGUGACGCUGUAUGGCUUCAGUGAGCAGAUCCUCAGGUUCAUUACAGAGCGAGGUUCCUCCAGGCUUCUGGAUCACGUGGAGCAAAUGGACAAACUGCACAAGAUUCCUCCUCCAGCAGGUUCCACCGAGAAACCUGAGAGAACGUGCGACGUCGUGCCGCUGCCUGAGGUUCCCAAACUCAGGUGGCGCGGUGUGCGUAUCUUUAUCUCGUCUACGUUCAGAGACAUGCAUGGCGAGCGGGACGUCCUGGUCCGCAGCGUUUUCCCGGAGUUACGGCGGCGAGCUGCUCCCCUCUGCCUCCACCUGCAGGAAGUGGACCUGCGCUGGGGCGUCACCGAGGACGAAUCGGCACGUGCCACUGAGAUCUGCCUCCAGGAGGUCUCUCGCUCGCAGGUGCUGCUGGGAAUUCUGGGACAGAGAUACGGCCUGGUGCCACCACGGCCCUCGCUGCCUGACCUGCCGCACUACAGCUGGCUGAAGUCGGCUCCUGACGGUCUGUCAGUCACAGAGAUGGAGAUUCGUCAGUUCCAGGCCAUGUUUUCUGAUUCCGCUCCAAGCCGCAUGUUCUUCUACUUCAGAUCUCCUCAGAUUCUCAGCUCAGUGCCUGAGGCUUGGAGAGAUGACUUUGUAGCUGAAUCUGUGGAAACUGCAGCUAAACUGGCUGAACUGAAGGAACGGAUCAAGUGCGACGGCUUCAGAGUGACGGAAAAUUAUCCGUGUGAGUGGGGUGGAGUCGUAGACGGAAAAGCCUACGUUAACGGACUGGAAGAUUUCGCAAAGGCCGUACUGGAGGAUCUGUGGUCUGCCAUACAGGAGAUUUUUGCGGAGGAAUCAGAUGAGGCAGAUCUGACUGCGGAGAUUAAAGAACAGGAAGUGCACCAGGAUGCCCAAUGGCAGCAGUUUUACGGCAGAGCGAAGCUGCUUUCGAAGGCAAAAGAGAAAAUCGAGGAAUGUCAGGAGAAAGGCGGACUUUUAUUGGUGGAGGGCGGGGCCGGAGUUGGCAAAACUGCUUUUAUGGCCGCUUUGAGUCAUGCACUCCAAACUCCGGUCAAGAUGAAGAAAGCUCCCAUGUGUGAUGUCAUAACCUACUCCACAGCAGCCAGCCAAUCAGCUUCUGGAGUUGAGCCCCUAUUGCGCUGCCUGGUCCAAUGGCUAAGGAAGCGAAAGCAGCAAGAGGAGGAGCUUCCUUUACACACACCUUAUAGAGACCUGCUGUCGGAGUUCCUCUCACAUCUGAAGGAGGUAAAGAAAGGCAAAUCUCUGGCUUUACUCGUUGACGGUGCAGAUCUGAUACAUGACAAUAAAGGACACAACAUUUCUGAAUGGAUUCCACAACGUGUUCCUAAGGGUGUGUGCCUGGUCCUGAGUGUUACCACACAUUCGUCUCUCUGCAACAUCAUCAGCAAAAAUAAAAGCUGCACCAUGUUCCCGCUGGGGCCUUUACUGCUGCCGGACCGGAGGGAGAUCGUCGAGAAGGCACUGAGUGUGUACGGGAAGAAGCUGAGUGAUUCUGCCUUCAAUAAUCAGCUCCAGACGCUGUUGAUGAAGAAAGGAUCAAUGAGUCCGCUGUAUCUCUGCUUGGCCUGUCAGGAACUCAGGAACUACGCCUCGUUCGAAAAGAUGAAGGAGAAACUGCAGUGUCUCCCCGCAUCUCUGAGUGAGCUCAUUCAGUACGGACUGAUAAGGCUGCAGACUCAGUACACAGGAACAGGACUCAGCUGGACCCUGGCUGCUCUAACCGUCAGCUCCACCGGUCUGAAAGACCGGGAUCUGCACUUCCUGUUGAACCUGUGUACUGAUCUGAGCUCUACAUGCAACUCACUGAACUGGCAGGAAGUGAUCAAACUUGCCAGGAACCCAAAAACCAGAGUGCCCAUGGCCAAGUUCUCCCAGCUGGCUCGAAGUCUGCAGAGUCUGAUCGGAUCGUCUUUGCGUGCGGAACCGGACCAGUCCUUCGUUCUGACUAAUCCGGAUGUGAAAUCAGCAUUCGAACGACUUUUCCUGUCUGAUCCGGAGGACAUAAGCAGAGCACACAUGAUUCGUGCAGCUCACUUGUGGGUGCAGUCAGAUCCUCAUGGAAACGACACGUUCCUGCACUGUGACACAGACACACUCACACAGCUUCCUGCUCAUCUGUUGAAAUGUGAUCAGUGGGAACCAAUGCACUUCCUGCUGUGCAGCUACUACUUCCUGUAUGCUAAUGUGCGUCAUGGACUCCUGCGUAGUCUCAUGGAGAAUUACAUCCUGUACGAAAAGAGGAUUGAAGUGGACAAGCCUUACUGUCCUGAGGCAUCUGCCCUUUCUGACGAGCUUGUGGCUUGUCACUCAUUCCUGAAGCACCACGCCCCCCUACUCUCCCAUUGGCCAGCUCUGUUUGUACAGCAAGCUCUGAACGAACCCGAGGCUUCAGCUGCUCAUGCCUGGGCUAAAAUAGCUGUGGAGGAGGGAAACAUCCACCCGGUCAGAUGGAUGAACACCUCCAGAGAAUCCCGUCAGGAAGCUGGCGAGCUGGUUUCCACGUUUCAGCAGACUCCGUCCUGUGUGUCCCUGAGUCCUGCAGGAGUUCUUGUGGCAGUGGGGACAGAACAGGGUACUCUCCAUCUCUACCACACACACACCAACCAGGAAGUGAAGUCAUUGGUUAGUAACUGUGACGGGAUCUCGGGCUGUGUGUUUCUGGAUGAGUGUGUUCUGUGGACCACCUCGCACGACGGCCAGGCAGAGGCCUGGGACGUUAACGGUGGUUGCAGGACGGCCCACCUGAUGGCCCACUCUAACAGGAUAACAGGAUGUGAUGUUAGCAAAGACAGGAAGCACUUCGCUACAGUGUCCUUAGACUUCACUCUGAAGGUGUGGUCUUCUCAGAAGGGGAAACAGGAGGCAUCUCUGGAGAACCCCACCCCUCUGAACUGUGUAACCUUUGAUCCUGAGGGGAGUCUGGUGGCAGUGGGUUGCUGGGACGGAGCAGUGCGAGUGUGGGACUGGAUCAAACAAGAGAACUGCAUGACUCUGUCAGGUCAUCAGUGUUCAGUGCGGAGUGUAUCAUUCUCUCCGUCCCCCUCUCUCUCACUCCUCUGUUCUGGGGCGUUGGAUGGAGAGAUGAGGUUGUGGUCGUUGCCCGGAGCGUCCUGUGUUUGGCGCUUUCUCGCUCACCGUGGCUCCACUGAGGCUCUUCGCUUUCUGAGUGAUGGAGAGUCACUGCUCAGUGCCGGACAUGAUGGCAUGGUGCAGGUGUGGUCUGGAGGUCUCGGACGCUCGGUUUCAGUUUUGGGGGAGGAAAAGAAGCUGUUGAAAUCCUCGGGGUCCAGACCCGUUGCAAUGUCUGAAGAUGCAGCUCUCUGCGUAGCUGUGAACGGUCGCUACGCCGCUGUGGGUUACCAUGGCAACGGGCUUAAACUUUACAACUUACAGUCAGGUGGCUGUGUGUGGUCCACUGAGGACCUGCGUGUGUCCAUGCUGUGUUUGCUCUGGCUGCAGACCUCAGCAGAUGCUCUCCUGCUCUCUGGAGGCUUAGAUCAGCGCCUAUGCCUGUGGAGGGAGCAGAGAAAACAUGGCAGGUCUCUGACACUCGCAGGAGACUUUGGGGUCCAGAAGGGAGCUGUUCUUGCUCUGAGCCAGAACUCCACUUAUGUAGCCUCCGCAUCGGAUGACUUCACGAUCGCAUUGUGGCUGAAGAGAGAUUUGACCUCUGACCCCUGGGUUAAACCGACAGCAGUGAGUCUUCUGAGGGGUCACAGCGGAGGGGUCACGUGUUUGGCCUUCAGUCCAAAUGGAGAUGAGCUGCUUUCAGGGGGUAAAGACAAGGCUCUGAUGGUGUGGAAGAUAAACUCGUCUCCUCCGUCUCUCUCUCGCUCUUUACCACACUGCCAUGGAGACUGGAUUACUGGAUGUGCCUGGACAACAUCUUCCCUGCUGAGCUGCUCUAAUGACUGCAGACUGCGACUGUGGGACAUUCAGACAGGAAAUUGCAUCAGAGAAGUCUCGACUGCAUCCUCUGUGGGUGCGAUGUGUUGCUGGGAGGACUAUGUGAUGUUGGGUUCCUCUAAUGGACAGCUGACUGUGUGGAAAUCUGAUUUAGGAGUGAUUACUGAGAUCAAAGCCCAUCUUUCUCGCCUCCACCACACCACCGUUAUCUCUAAACCAGGACUGGUGAAGAAACCUGAAGACCUGCUGAUCGCUACAGCAUCUGACGAUGGAUCUGUGAAACUAUGGAAACCUCUGCAGGUUGACCAUCGCAGUACUCUAGUCGGUCACAGUGGGAGUGUUUCUGCUUUAGCGAGUAGUUCUGGUCCAAACUUCCUCACUGUGUCUGAGGAUCACAGUCUCCGAAUCUGGAGCAUUAACACAGACUUGCCUUCCAGAAAGCUGGAGAGUGUGACUGCGAUGUGUUUUCUGGAACUACAGGAUGUGCUGGUUUGUGGCUUCAGCUCAGGAAGACUGGAUAUGUUUCAGCAGCUCAAACUCAUUUACUCCAAUAAGCUGAGUAAUAGCUGUAUCACUGCAUUAAGCAGUUUGCCUGAUGAGCAGUUGGCGGUGGGCUGCAGUGACCCUUCAGUGAGUGUGUGGAAGCUGGAGAGAGACUCAAAGCAGUGUAUCACAGGUCUUUCUAAAGUUUCCUCAUUCACUCUGGAGAGCAGUGUGACAUUCCUGCACUACUGCACCACCCUACUGGGUGUGUGUCAGGACACCACCAUCAUCGACGUCUUUCCAUCUGCACGAGGUAGACACAGAAAAGCUAAGGUUUGGCAGCACCAGGUGCGUGUGUUGGCAAUUCAGGGAAAUGGUGAAGAAGGCCUGUGGCUUCUGGGAGAGGAAUACGACAUGCCUAAACUUGCAUAUCUGCACCCUCGAUAUAGACAAGCGGGUAAAAAUGGAGGGGAAAAAAGGAAAAGGAAGAGAAACAGAGUUGGGGAAUCAGAAGGACAGCUGCGGUUGGUCACUAACCUGAAACCAGGAUUUGGUCAGACGCAGGAAGAGGAGCAGGAAGAGGAAGCAGAGGAGGAGCAGGAAGAGGAAACAGAGGAUGAGCAGGAAGAGGAAACAGAGGAGGAAAAGAGGGAGGAAAUGGAAGAGGACACAGAAAAGGAAACAAGGGAGGAAACAGAAGAGGAAAUGAGGGAGGAACCUGUUGAGGAAAUGAGGGAGGAAACAGAUGAGGAAAUGAGGGAGGAAACAGAUGAGGAAUCGACAGAGGACAUGGAGAACAACGAAGAGGAACAGGAGAAAAAGUUCACCAUCACGGCUGCUGCUUUACACGGCGAACUGAUUGUAUGUGGAGAUUCAAAGGGUCACAUGUGGUUUAAUGAGACUCCGACCCUGAGCUCGUGGACUCCAAGAAAACCUGCGCACAGUGACAGGAUCAGUGUCCUGCGUCUCACAGAGAGCAUCAUCAUCUCAGCCUCGUACGACAGGACGGUCAAACUGUGGGACAGAGACACAAAGAAACAGGUGGGUCUGUUUGUUUGUGGCGCUCCGGUCGAGGUGCUGCAGGUGAACCCCAAUAAUCCGAGUCAGAUCAUGUGUGGAGACGCACUGGGACAGAUCUACUUCCUGUCCUGGAGAGGAUGAUUAACACCUCCACACUGCAGCGAUUUAAUGUUCAACACUCUGCUUUCACACUUUAUCUCUUUAUUCUGGUGCAAUUUGCUACAAAUUUGCUUUAAUAAUAACUGAUGUAACUGUUAAAAAUUACUUUGCAUCAUAACUAUAAUAAUGUCUAAUGUCCAAAAGCAUCAAUAAAAUUUUUGAUUAAAAA